UUGGAUACUUAUAAGAUAUCUUAGUUAUUUUGUAUAUAUAGUAUGAAUAUAUUGAAUGAAAAGUAAACACACAAUAUAUACAGAGACAUGGAUAUGGAUCAAAUAGCUGUGCUUAAUUGGAAUAUCUUCACAACACUAAUAUCAUGAUUAGAACCGUCGUUACAAGGAGUAGCAUAUUACUUUUGGCAAUUUUAUGUUUUAUCCUUAUUAACUUUGCAGAUGGAAGAAGAUUACAUAGUACAGAUAUAGGCAAACGUAAGGGAACGAUCAAAACCAUAGAGAGUGAUGAUGGUGACGUGAUCGAUUGUGUUGAUAUAUACAAGCAACCUGCUUUUGAUCAUCCUCUUCUCAAGAACCACACCAUAGAGUCAAGUUCAAUUAAAAUAAAUAAUCAAGUAAAAGGAGAAAAGGAUUAUGUACUGAAGGAGUUACAAGGAUGGCUUAAGUUUGGAGAAUGCCCAGAAGGAACAGUGCCCAUAGUUCGAACACCAACAUUUGCUAAAUAUGGUCCAAAAACCCAUUUAAAAUCUCAUUAUUACAGUAAACUCAUACAACCUUAUAAUCAGCGCAAUGCUUCACCUAGUGAUGAUGGUCAUGAGUAUGCUGAAGUAUCAAUCUUUGGUGGUCCAUAUUUUGGAGCUAAAGCAAAUAUCAACUUAUGGAGUCCAGAUCCUCACGGAACAAUGAGUAUUUCUCAAAUUUGGGUAGCAUCAUCAUCGGAUAAUUAUGAUGAACUUAAUACUAUAGAAGCUGGUUGGGUAAUUGGUACUGGUGAUCCAAGAACACGAUUCUUUAUUUAUUGGACAAGUGAUGGCUAUAGAAGCACAGGUUGUAAAAAUUUUGAUUGUCCCGGUUUUGUACAAGUAAGCAGAAUGGCUGCUAUAGGUUCUGUAUUGGAGCCUAUUUCCAAUUAUGACGGGAAGCAAAUCUUUAUAAAUGUUACAAUAGACCAGCAUAAGGAGAGUGGAGAAUGGUGGCUGACAUUUCAAAAUGAGGCAAUAGGUUAUUGGCCAAAUUCCAUAUUCACGAGGCUUGGUAAUGGUGCCAACAGCCUGUGUUGGGGUGGAGAAAUUGUUAACGACGAGCCCAAUGGUCAUCACUCGGAAACUCAGAUGGGGAGUGGUCAUUUUCCUGACCAAGGCUACACUAAAUCAAGUUGUUUUACUAAUGUAAUGUACAAAGAUGAUUCCCAAACCUUCAAAGAUGCCGAUAACCUCACCACUUAUGUUACCAAGCCUUUGUGUUACGAUAUCAAAGUAGUAAAUGACAAUACUGCUGGUCAAGGAACUCAUUUCUUCUAUGGUGGUCCUGGCUAUUCAGACCAAUGUCCAAAUUGAUAUUAUUACAUAUGCAUAUAUAUGUUUUGAGUUUUAAUGUAUCUCACUACAUAAAAUAAAAGUGAAUUUUGAU